GAUGACUCAAUUUCCCUUCACGAAUUAUUUGAACUCCUCACAUCACACUCCAUUGUUCACGGGUAAGGGGCUGCUGUGAGUCACUUAAAUUGCCUCUGCUGAACAUCUCCAGAUUGCUCCGCCGCCAUCAGAGCAUAUUCAACUUCUCAGCCGCCGCCGGCAGGUCGAGCGGACAAAUGUUUCAGCUGAAAACCGACCCGCUUACCGGAAAAUCCGAGUGGAUCCUCAUCGAGGACGACGAAGGAGCAGACAAUGGGAAGAACCAAACAAACCCAAAAGCCCUUCUUUCUACAACAUCGUAUCUUGACAUGCUCAACGAUAGCCGCCGCAACAGUGCUUUUAAUCGGGCCAUUCAGAAGACCGUCACUAAACCCUGCCACGUUCUUGAUAUUGGUGCAGGAACAGGUUUACUGUCAAUGAUGGUGGCUCGGGCCAUGGGCUUUUCUGAUUCGAAUGGGAACUCUACUCCAUCUCGUAUGGUGACAGCUUGCGAGUCAUACCUUCCCAUGGUGAAGUUAAUGAGGAAGGUUCUCAAGGCCAAUUGCUUGGAUAGCAAAGUACGCAUCAUAAACAAGAGGUCAGAUGAGCUGGAAGUUGGUUUGGAUAUCCCUUCACGUGCUGAUAUUCUUGAAGGCUCAACUUUGAACUGCAUUGCUUUAGCUUGCUAUUUGUGGUUAAACGGCAUUGCAAUGCAGGUUAGUGAGAUCCUGGACUCAGAGUUAUUGGGUGAAGGUCUAAUUCCAACUCUGCAACAUGCACAUGACAAACUAUUAGUGGACAAACCCCAAACGGUACCUUACAAGGCUACGACUUAUGGUCAGCUCGUUGAGUGCUCAUAUCUUUGGGAGAUGCAUGAUUUAUUGAGUAGAGAGACGGAAGCAUCGGAUGGCAUUUUUCUUGUUCCGAGUGGGACGGCUGAUCUUUUAGGUGUUAAACAGAAACAACUUGCGAUGCAUUGUGAUGCAAUUAAUGAAGAAAUCAAAUUGCUGUCAGAGCCCUUCAAAGUUUUCGAUUUUGACUUCUGGAGAAGGCCAGAAAGUUUUCGUGAAACUGAGUUGCAGAUAAAUGCUACAAAUGACGGUACUGUUCAUGCCAUAAUUUCAUGGUGGUUGCUUCAGCUUGAUAGUGAAGGAACAAUCUUCUAUUCUACUGCACCAAAUUGGCUAGAUCUAGGCUCUUCUAAAGAGGAGUUAAAAUUAUCCCCUCCUGGAUCUAGAUGUUGGUGUGACCAUUGGAAGCAAAGUGUUUCGUUCACCCUAAGCUCUGGUCUUCAUGUGUUUAAAGAUCAAGAGGUUCGGUUACAUGCUGUCCAUAAUGAAACAAGCAUCUCAUACGAAUUCAAGAGUUCAGAUGAAAAGAAAGAGGUCGCACAUUUUGACCCGUGCAUCCAGGACAAUCAAAUUGCUCUGACUCCGGAAAGAAUUGCUUUAUAUGGAACUAGAAGUUGGAGGAGUUUAAUGCUUAAAGCUGUUGAGAAAGCUUUGCAUCAGAUAGUAGAUCCAUUAUGUUUAGUUGCAGAUGACAGCAUUUUCUUGACAAUUGCCGUGGCCAGUGUUUCUAAGAAUGCACAUGUCAUUCCAUUGUUUCCUGGACUUGGAAAGAAGGGUUUGAAAUAUCUACGAAGAGUCUCUGCAGCAAAUGGUUACACUAUGGAUCGUGUGCACACGUUAAAGGACUUGCAUCUGACCCAGCAGGAUUCAAGAAUGAUUAACUUAUUGAUUGCGGAGCCAUUCUAUUAUGGAAAUGAUAGUGUGCUACCCUGGCAAAAUCUGCGGAGGGAAAGAACUUUGCUUGAUUCCAGUUUAUCAAAAGAUGUGCGCAUUAUGCCUUGUAGAGGAUUGUUAAAAGCUUGUGCUAUGUACCUCCCUGAUUUAUGGCAAAGUCGACGUAGCCUUCAAGCAGUAGAAGGAUUUGAUCAUACGAUGGUGAAUACCACAUUAGGGGCAUGCGGAGAUUUGCCUUUUGCAGAAGAUGGUCCAUUUUUGCCCGUCUUUUACUGGCAGUGUGGGGAGAGUAAGGUACUCUCUGAGACGGCCACUAUCUUGGAGUUUGAUUUCUCAAAACCGAUGAGCUCAUGUACCAAAAAAACUCGGGUUCAAUUUACGGAAGUUGGAGAGUGCCACGGUUUUGUUCUUUGGAUCGACUGGAUCUUGAAUGAAGAGGACCAUAUCAUUUUGUCAACAGGGCCAGAUAAAAGACACUGGAAACAAGCUGUGAAGCUUUGGAAGAAGCCUGCUGAGAUUAGACCCGGUAAUUUAUCCUCAACGGAGGUCGAAGCAUUCUUUGAUCCAUCCAACGGUGAACUCAUCUUGAAACAUGAAUUCUUGACAUAGAACAAAAGAUAACAUGUCACGAGGUGAUGUGGUGUAGUUUGCCAGCGUUCAAUGGACAACUUACCCUAAAACGUCCGAAUUUUGUCUCUUAUUUUAGUAUCAUAACUCUCAACAGUAUAAUUGAGGCCUUUCCAGCUAGUAAAAGCAUCCAGUGUUUUAUUCUACGUACUUUAUUUUGAUUACUGAGAAAAGUUGUUGGGCGAUCAUUGGAUGGUUGUGACUUUGCAUUUAUCAUUCUUUAACGAUUAAUUGCAUACAUCAAGAAUUUUUAUAAAAUUGGAGCUAAUCUCGUGAUUUGGUGUACUAUCACUUCCGGAAUAUAAUUUAAUCACUAAUUGUGACUUUCCAGAAUUUUUACAAUUUAAUCUCUCUCUCUCUCUCUCU